AUGAGCAAAACAAUUCAAUCUUCUUGGGCAUGGAGGAGUAUUGUAUGGGCUCGGGAAUUAAUUGACAAGGGUUGGAGGUGGCAAGUUCAUUCUGGAAACGAGAUUCGUGUGUGGGAAGAUCCUUGGCUCCCAAGAUAUACGAAUUGCAAAAUUGACAAGCACACGCUGAGGAGGAAUGAUAUAGAGAAAGUGGCUGACUUGAUCGAUCCUAGCACUAAAACUUGUAAGGUUGCCUUGGUUCGUGAGGUUUUUAGUAAAGAGGAUGCCGACCAUAUUCUCUCUAUUCCGAUAAGCUAUUCAAAUCGUCGGGACCGCAAGAUUUGGCACCCAUCACCAAAUGGUUCUUUCUCUGUCAAGUCGGCUUACCGACUUGCUAGGGAGGGGACUGAUAUUUGUGGGAACAUUCACAUGGGUCAAACGAGCUCAUCCAGUGUCCUUCCUACUGUUUGGAAGAAGUUGUGGGGACUACAAAUCCAUCCGAAGUUGCGCGCAAAUUCAGAUUCAACCCAGUAUGCUCUCGUUGUGGCAAGGCGGAGGAAUCUAUCUCGCAUGUUUUGUUUCGGUGUGAGGUUGAUUCAUUCUCCGUUUCGUUUAAGACCUGAAGAGCUUCUUGAUUGCAGAAACAUGACAGAUUGGUGGGAUUGUAUUCAAGAACGUAUCAAUCAAAGUCAUAUGCCUCCUUUCUCAUUAGGUAUGGCUCUCCUUUAUUGUUGGUGGAUUUGGCGAGCUAGAAAUGAUUUUAUUUUUAAUGGUAAAUGUUGGGCUACGGAAGCAGUUAGUGGUAAAGUGCAAGGAGAUUUCUUUGAGUUUCAGGAUGCUAACUCUAAGGUUCUAUCACCUUUGUCGAGAUCUACUCGUAAUGGGACCUUAGUGUGGCAGCGUCCUGGGAUGAAUGUAACCAAGAUUAAUGUGGAUGGUGCUGUCUCUAGGAGUUCGAAUUCUAUUGGUACAGGAGCAAUAGCUCGAGGUAAUGAUGGCAAGGUCCUUGGUAUCUUCUUGAGUAUUCACACUGGUAUUACUUCAUCAAGAAUUGCUGAGGCCAUGGCUAUUCGAGAUGGUUUGAAGCUAGGGAUUGAUCUUAAUCUUUCUAAAGUGGUUAUUGAAUCGGAUGCGGAGGCGAUAGUGAGGAAAUGUUCUACUUCUCUAGAUCCACCUAUUGAUAUAGCGGCUAUUAUUUUUGAUUGUUUAGCUCUGAAAGAAUUAUUUUCUUCCUGUGAGUUUGGUUUUGUUAAACGUGAUUGUAAUCGGGCUACACAUUGUUGUGCUCAAAAGGCUCUUUUGAAUGGAUGGUCCGGUAUGUGGACUUCCAUUUUGCCCCCAUGGGGUUUCCAACUGUCUGAUGUUUAG